CCCAACUCCGCUCCGGCCUCCACCCCGACCUCCUUCGCCGAGCUUGAGCGGGUGAAUCGCAUCGGGAGCGGGAGUGGUGGGACAGUAUACAAGGUCCUCCACCGUCCCACCGGAAAAUUUUACGCUCUCAAAGUAAUCCACGGCACUCACGACGAGUCGGUGCGCCACCAGAUCUGCCGGGAAAUCGAGAUCCUCCGCGGGGUUGACAAUCAAAACGUGGUUAGAUGCCACAACCUGUAUGACCAUAAUGGAGAAAUUCAAGUCCUACUUGAAUACGUCGACAAGGGUUCUCUCGAAAACAUUCACAUCCCUGAUGAACGCUCUUUAUCUGAUCUCACCGGUCAAAUUCUCUCAGGUCUUUACUAUCUCCACAAGCGUAAAAUCGUUCAUCGAGACAUCAAACCCUCAAAUUUUCUGAUAAACUCAAGCCGAACUGUUAAAAUAGCCGAUUUCGGGGUAUCCCGGAUUUUGGAUCAAACAAUGGACGCCAAUUCAUCUGUGGGCACCAUAGCAUACAUGAGCCCAGAAAGGAUCAACACAGAUCUGAAUCAUGGAAAAUAUAAUGGUUAUGCAGGGGAUAUAUGGAGCUUGGGUGUAAGCAUUCUUGAAUUUUACUUGGGCAGAUUUCCGUUUGCUGUUGGUAGAGGAGGAGAUUGGGCAAGUCUUAUGUGUGCAAUUUGUAUGUCGGAUCCUCCCGAAGCCCCUGCUACAGCUUCAAGAGAAUUUAGGGAUUUCAUUUCGUGCUGUCUUCAAAGGGAUCCGUCGAAAAGAUGGACAUCCGCGAAGCUUUUGAGGCACCCGUUCAUUCUGCAAUAUGCCUCUCCCAGCAGUAACUCCAUUACUAGUAAUCAGGUCCCUCAGUCUCAUCAAUUAUUACCCCCUCCUCCACCCCGAUUUUCAUCUUCUUGAUUAGUUUUGGGAU